AUGGCUCAUGGCACUUCGUUGAUGGCUAUUUCCCUCAAGUCUCACAAUUUCUCAUUCCCUCCUUUGACAACAAUGAUACUGCUACACCCAACCUUGACCAUGCUCUUUGGCUUCAACAACAUCAACUUGAGGUUCAAAACCCCAGCAUUUACAAUCUCUCCUCAAUUCCCUCCAUCACUUUCGUGGCUAUCCAAUCUCCCAACACUUCCCAAAAACAUGGUGGUCUUUCUCACUGGAGCUCUAGAAGUGGUCUUAGUUGCGGUCGUGAUAGUCUUAUUUAUGAUGGUCGUGGCUAUAUCCAAUUGA